AUGAGAACUGAUUUUGAGAGAAUUGAGGGAGAUGCAACACCGGGUGAUAGAAUCGCUCCUCCCAAGACCAUUGGUGACAGUACAUCCGGACAUAAUACUGUUGGAGACAAUAUCAACGGAGAUAAUACGUAUGGAUUUAUCACAUUAGGAGAUAAUACGUACGGAGUGAGGAUGAAUGGAGCAAAUACUAGUGGCGAUAACACAUAUGGGGAUAACAAGUAUGGCGAGAGUAUGAAUGGCAUUCCAACACCUGGUGAUAACACAUACGGUGAUAGUACGCCUGGAUUGAGGAUGAGAGGAGAGAAGAGAGAUGGAGAUAGUACCUGA